GUCAGAUAAUACCAGAGGGAAACAACGAUCCUCUCUCCGGAUGUCAUGGGAUCACCUGCAAAAAUUGGAUAUAAUUUUUUAUUAGCGGGUCCCUCUCGCGGACCGCUCAAAUACCGAUGUGGGACUCUCCCGCAUUUCGCAUUUGAUCGUAUCUCGCUUCAAUAAUAGAAUGACAACAAUCCCAUGUUCAAAGAUUUGAUCGUCAUUAUUCAAGUGGCACGGAUCUAAUCGUCUCUCUUUUUUCUUACUACGUAUACUAUCACUACUAGUCGCAACAAUUAAUGAUGAAGAUUGUUAUUAUUCCAUUUCACAGCUGUCAUCUCCUUAUGUUGUAUUAAGUCCUUUUCCAUCUUGCUUAGAAGUGUCUUCCUCUCGAAUAACAACAACUCUCACCGAUUUCAUCUUCUCGAAUCUCUCUCAUGGCUAGAUUUGUUAUGUUGUAAAGACGAUCCAUCUCACCUUGAUAGGUUCCAAUGCUCUCUUCUAUUGUCGAAUUUCUCGGCUGUGCCGGUAUCGUAUGGGGUUCAUUCGUCAUCUUAGUACAGGGGAUAGGAAUCUAUAAGAUCGUUCGAUAUUACUCAUCCAUACCUACCAACCCCGUAUCCCCAUCCUUACCGAAGAAUGAAGUACCCCAUGUAACCAUCAUCCGACCUGCCAAGGGUCUAGAGCCCGGUUUAUACGAAUGCCUCGCUUCCGUUUUCCAUCAGUCCUACCCGAAGGACAAAUUGACUAUUUACUUCUGUGUCUCGUCCAAAAAAGAUGCCGCGUAUCCAGUAAUUCGAAAGUUGCUCGAUGAUUACCCUAAUUUCGAUGCGAAGGUCUUUGUUGAGACCGAAGACCCUUACCUCCAUGGGGACGAUGGGCACGAGGAUAAUGUUGGUCCCAACCCAAAAAUACGCAACUUGAGUAGGGCAUAUAGAGAAGCGAAGGGAGAUAUUAUAUGGCCACUAGAUUGUAAUGUGUGGAUCGCGAGGGAUGUGACUGGUCGUAUGGUUGACAAGCUUUGUGGGUAUCAACCUAAUGGUGAGAGAGCAACACCUUUCAAGUUCGUACAUCAGCUCCCCUUGGUGGUAGAUACGGUCACUUCCAUGAGUAGCUCGAACUCCGAAGGUCAAACUCUCCUAUCUGGGUCUUCCGUAACAGGCGGCUCCGAUGCGCAAUCGAAUAUUGAUGUCCCUUCCUCCGUUUUCUCUCGGUCCUGGGCCCACGGAGGUGGAAGACUGGAGGAAAUGUUUAUGGCCACUACUCAUGCUAAAUUCUAUGGCGCCAUUAAUACCGUUGGCAUCGCGCCAUGUAUCGUGGGAAAGAGUAAUAUGUUUCGCAAGUCGCAUCUCGAUCAAGUUACCGAUCCGGAUCGGAACCCGAUUCUUACGGGCAGAGCCGCUACUCUGCCCAAAGGUCUAGACCAUUUCUCUCUAUUCAUGUGCGAGGACCACGUCAUUGGCGACCUUUUGUGGCGGUCCGAUCUACCGGGCUACGCCAACCACGGGCUUGUUUGGGGGGAUUUGGCGAUUCAACCCAUGGCAGGAAUGUCGGUACCUGCAUAUGUCGCACGCAGAGUGAGGUGGUUACGUGCUAGGAAGUGGACUGUGUUAUCGGCAACAUUAGUCGAGCAUGGUGUAGAGAGCCUGGUCUGCUGUUUUUACCUAUCCUUUGGAUUCACCACCGUGCCAUGGUUUCACCAGACUCUUGGCGUGCCACAAACUUGGAAAACUCUGUGGUAUUGCUGGCUAGCUGGUGUCACUCUCUGGAUGGGUGUCGACCGACUCGUAUUCAGGAAAUUGCAUGCCGGCCAAAGUAUCCACGUGGAUGAACAUACGCCACUCUUCGCCCGCGGGACUAGUCGCGGCGGAGCGGAGAAGCGCCGAUUCGGUGAAUGGUUUUUAGCAUGGCUAGGACGGGAAAUCCUAGCCCUCCCUAUUUGGACUUGGGCCGUCUUCCUCGGGACUACGGUAAAUUGGAGGGGUAAGCAAUUCCGUGUCCGGUCGGAUAUGACUGUUGUCGCCAUAGACCCCGAGGGUGAGGGGCGGAGUUCUAAUAUGCAAGAGAACGGAGAUGGCGGACGUGGUGGCGGCCACAUAUCAAGGCCCGAUAUGAGAGGAAAGAUAGAUUAAGAACCAAGAUACCCAAGCAUAUUAUUAAUACAUAAUUCGUCACAUGCA